UUGGGUGCACGUCAUGAAGAUAAGAGGCUUAGUCAGCCAGCAAACACUUACAUGGACUGCUUUAAUUAGAAUUAUUCUGAGUCAUUUCGAGCAUAAGGUGCCCAAGCGAAAGCAAGCCAAUUCUACCUCAAUUUCGUUCCCGAUCAUGACGAUUUCUAAUAUGUCCAGUGUUUCUUCGACCCUUUGGUUUUUCGUAUUCACUUUCGUCGCUAUUGUGCAUCAAGCGAACGGGGAUUGUGAACGAGAAUGGGACGACGGCGAAUGGUCGUACACUUGUGACGUUGAUGACCUUCCCGUUGGCGCAAUCGUUGGUAUAGUCAUUGGUGGAAUCGUCAUUUUCAUCGUUAUUCCCAUUUUGAUAUGCUUUUUAUGCGCGUGUGCAUGCUUUCGAGGGAGGAGAAGUAAAGGUCAAGUGCAGCCUUACGUAGUGCAAGCUGCGCCACAGGCCACGUAUCCCCCGCAACAGCCGGCUUACAUGGUGAAUGCGUCAAAUCAGCCCCCACCGCAACACCCGGCUUAUGUCGUGAGUGCGUCGAAUCAGCCGCCGCCACCUCUACACCACAACUACGGAGGACCUCAACCUCUUCCAUAUCCCGUUAUGCCUCAACAGCACGCCUACCACCAGGCACCACCCCCGUACCCAGGUCAGUAUCAAAACAAUGGACCACCACCUCCCACUGCAGGAUGGAAAACUGUGGGGAACUAGUUUGUAUAAUUUGUAUAAUGUCUUAGAAUUUGUUAAUAAAUUUUAUUAAAGGAUUA